GUUACACAUUCUCAUCAGGUAGACGAAGGUACAUGGAAAUUAAAAACGCAUCUCACAGGUGUUCUUGUCAACCGGAAACAAGAAGCCCAUGCGUUUCUUGAUUUAUGCGAGUACCCCCAUGAUUCUAAUUUGACCAUCAACGUCAUGUUGGAGACUUUGUUGCAUAUUAAAAGAUUGGUAAGUUUAGCCAAUGGACCACAAGUUGCCUUUACCCAGAGCCUAACAUUAGUGUGCAUAUUGUUUUUGCCCCUUACUACGUAAAAGAAAGAGAUUCCAUUUUGCCGUGCAUCUCUUUCGUAAUGAAUCACAGAGGACGUCACCAUGUGGUAAAUACAUAACACUCUCAGCUGCACCGUGUGCGCCACAUUGACUUUUUACUGCAUUUGGACGUUAUCAGCAAUAUAUUACUGAACAGGGUCACUGCAAAUUGGAUGAUGAAUUGACAAAAUUACAAUACAUAACAUUAGAGAAAGCUAAAAACUAUUAUAGUUCCAAAUAGAAUGUGUUGCAGUGUUUCGCCCAAUACCUCCUUGUUGAUCAUUUUUCAAUUCAUUUUUUCGUUACUCUUCCCCCUGUCCUUACCUCCAGAUGGACAACUAUUGGAGGGAGCACAAAAAUCGUUGUCUUAAGGUUUCUGAGUUUAUUGGUAGAGGGGAAAAUUUUUGCGAAGGUGAAUUUUCAAAUCAGGCAAAAUUGUCUUAUCUCUCAAUAAAUAAUUUCAGCCGUAGCUAGAGAUGAGUCCCAGCCUAAUAUCAUUUUUAAUUCAAUACAAAUUUUGAAAAUAAGUUCAACGAGGAUUAAAUAUUCCUCUUUUUGUCAGGACGUUCGUUACUACUUUAAGUCCUGGUUUACUGACCGUUGGUCUCUUUAACUUUGGUUGGCCUACUAUUUUGUUUCAUUUUAUGCCAGCGAUAUUACUCUCAGUAAUUGAAAUGACAACAACAUGUAACUAUGUAAGGAAAUUUGACUAUGAUUCAUUCAGAACUGGGAUUAACAAACUAAAUCACGUUUUACUUUUUGACAGAUCAAAAUAUCUUUCUUGGUGGUGGGUCAUACACAUGAAAACAUCGAUCAGAUGUUUUCAUGUGUAGCAAGAAGACUUGCCAAGAACGACGCCCAUACUUUAGAGGCACUGAAGGAACAGAUUAAAGUAUCGUAAACCCCUCCUGUGUUAGUGGAGGAAUUAUCAUCUUUGUUCGAGAUCAAAGCGUGGAUGGAGAACUCCAUUAACAGCAUAUCAGGCCACGUCCACCAACACGUUUUUAAAAUUCAAAACAACAACGGCAACUCCAAGCUGUUCUAUAAGAAGUGGUCCACCUCACCUGUCUGGCUGCCUGAUGGCGGAAUAAGUCUCAUCUCGACCAUACCAAGAGGAGUUCCUAAGCUUGUCAAACCGAACACUCUCGGUGGCAUGUCCAUUGACAAGCUUGAAAUGGACCUCCCAAAAUACGCCAUGAAAUUGAAAGACUCAGAAAUGGUAUGGUGGAGAGAAUUCAUAACCAGACAGAGGAAUCGCCAUCAGCAGCCAGACAGGACUAAAAAAUGGGACUUGGAUGCCCUGGAAAAUACUAUUUGCCAAGUUGCCACAGCGCAGUCUACUUCUUCUGUGGAGUUGAGUAGACUCGUAUCGAGAGAGGAAAGAGAAGUCGAGGUAACUAUAACCGCUAGACGAUAA